AUGUACCAUAUUAUAGGACCCACGUCCAUUCCUCUUAUUACAGAGAACGAAAUCACGAAUUGUGACACGAUCGACAUGAUCAGUAGGACUGACACCUUAGUAAUGCUUGAUAUUAUAGUUUUUUUUUCCAAGUCACGUUCUCCCUUCGCAACAAGUCAUGGCAGAGAUUUAAAUCAUUAUUUAGUCAGCGGAGCCGUCUUGCGGAGGUUGUCAUUGGCGCAUAUACAGGGAUUUACCUAUCUAUCAAUCUAUUUUUUUUUCAUUAUCUAUCUAUCUAUCUAUCUAUCUAUCUAUCUAUCUUUCGGUUCUUAUCUAUCUAUCUAUCUAUCUAUCUAUCUAUCUAUCUAUCUAUCUAUCUAUCUAUCUCAUUCUAUUAAUGUCUCUAUAUCAUUAUCUAUCUAUCUAUCUAAUUCUAUUUAUAUCUCUUUAUCAUUAUCUAUCUAUCUAUUUAUCUAUCUAUCUAUCUCUUUCUUAUCUAUCUAUCUAUCUAUCUAUCUCUUUCUGUUCUUAUCUAUCUAUCUAUCUAUCUGUCUAUCUAUCUAUCUCAUUCUAUUUAUAUCUCUAUAUCAUUAUCUAUCAAUCUAUCUAUCUAUCUAUCUAUCUAUCUCUUUCUGUUCAUAUCUAUCUAUCUAUUUCAUUCUAUCUAUCUAUCUAUCCCAUUCUAUUUAUAUCUCUAUAGUAUUAUCUAUCUAUCUAUCUAUCUAUUUGAUUCUAUUGAUAUCUCUAUAUCAUUAUCGAUCAAUCUAUCUAAUUCUAUUUAUAUCUCUUUAUCAUUAUCUAUCUAUCUAUCUAUCUAUCUCUGUUCAUAUCUAUCUAUCUAUCUAUCUAUCUAUCUAUCUAUCUAUCUAUCUAUCUGCCUGCCUGCCUGUCCAUGUAUCUAUCUUACAUUAUAGUCUCAUGCCUUUCCUAAAAUAA